AUGUCUGUCUACGGAGAAGAUAAGGAGAGAGAACUCCACGACCGUCUCUCAGACUACAUCCACGGUGGAGCAGACUAUAACAAUGCCGAGGAGCUCGAAACCAACCCCCCGGGGUCUCCGGAUCCUCUCUUCGAUGGCUGCGAUUCCCCCGGCCCAUCCAAUAUCGCUAGUGCUUUCGCCGCCGCCGCUUCUGGCCCCGUUACCCGUUCUCGCUCCGCCCUCCCCGCCCCCUCCCAGGGAUUGGCCGAGGUCGAAUUCCAGGUGGGAGCUGAGGCUGAUAACGACGGCUGGACCAGCACGGACAGCACUGCUUCCCGUGCGGGCUCUGUUCAUCCUGAUGCUGGCUUCGCUGCAGGUACAGGUGGCACUGGUGGUGGUGCUCGUAGGGUUGGGUAUGGGGGUGGGGGUAGGUCCGCUGCGAGGGGAGCUCAGUCUGUGGGUUUCGGUAGGGGCGGGGAAGAUCCCAUGUCUGCUGAGCAAAACACUGUCGUGAAUUACACGUGCUGGUCUUGUGGCUCUAUAGUUAGCCUUCGGAAGAAGGAGAUGAUUGUCAUGUGCGACGGAUGUGGGGGGAGGAUUGUGAUGAAGCUGAGGCCUCAGAAGUCAGUAUUUCCUUUACUUUCCUUUGGCGGUGCGAGUUGGGGUUGGCUGAUUAGUGGUGGUGUGUGGUUUAGAACUGUCACCUAUUCUACCAUGUAAGGUGGGAAUGCGGGGGAAAGGAAAGCUGAGUGCGUGGAGGAAAUUGAGUGGGAUGAGCUUAUUUUUCAGGCCACGACUUUGAAUUUCAAUCUUACAGCUUCACUGUUUGCUGCUUAACCAUUGUCUCUGUGCUGUGAGUGAUUUGCGAUGAUGUUCCCAUUCCCGUGAGUGUGUGAAGGUGUGUGGUGAAUGCUUGGUGUUUCAGGAGUGCAACGGUGUCGUCUGAUUUAGCUCUAGGCGCAUGGAUAAAAUUGUUGCUCCGGUGAAUUAA